UCUUCUUCACCCUGGCUCUCAUCUGACCACCCCUUCUCAUUUUCUAGUCUGUCUACAAAUCCUAAAUUACAGAACACAUGGAUCGGUGGUCUUCCGAAUAGAGAUGCUCCAUCAAAUGUUUUCUUGAGAAUUCAGCAAUCGAUUAGGUCUUCACCGCUUCAUUCGUCUCAUCCACGCAGAUAGCUGGGAAACUCAAUCUGAUCAGUUAUGGGCGAUGAUUUGAGGAGUAGUACUAUGAAUAUGGAUCUUGACUUAAACGUUGAACCUUUAGAUUCAUCAACUGGUUCAGCUCUUCGAUUAGGUUCUUUAUUAGAUGAAUUAGAGAAUACACAUGGUCAAAUUGAAGAACGAAUUCGACAGCUUGAAACUGUUACAGCUAGGGCAAGGCAGCGCCAGAGAAUUCGACACACCAGAAACUAUUCAGAUCUAACAGUUCUCUCCCAACAAGAAAUAGGUACAAUUGAGAGAACCAAAUAUGGAAAAAGGGAUAGGACCUGUUUGGUGGCUGAGGCUUUGGAACUAAACAACAACAGAAGCAUUAGUAAAUGCAUUGGUGAUGGUAGCGGUUUCUUCGACUGCAAUCUAUGCUUGAACAUGGCUAAAGAACCAGUAUUAACCAGUUGUGGACACUUAUUCUGUUGGGUAUGUUUCUAUCACUUGCCUUAUAUUUAUUCAACUGCUAAAGAAUGUCCAUCUUGUAAAGGAGAGAUUAUGGAGAAUAACAUAGUCCCAAUUUAUGGAAAUGGUGAAAAUAACAAAUCGAAAAACUUAGAUUUGCAUCAGAAAAUCCCUCCGAGACCAAAAGCAAGACGGGUCGAAACUCCUAGGGAACAACCCGAGAACCAAAGAGUUUCCCAUACUCGUACCUUUUCAAGAGUAUUAUCCGAAAGUGCUGCCUCACUUUCAUCAAUUUCAUCUGCAAUAAAUAAUGCGGAGAGAUUAGUGGAAGAUCUGGAGUCGUAUCUUCGAAUCCGUGGUAUACGUAGACCUACAGAUUCAAACAUACUAUUGCCAGUUAACGAGGCAGAAGCAUCAAAUGGGAUUGUUGCCGGAACCGGGGCUAGUCCAGAGGAGGAACAAUUGGCAAGUAUGAUGACUUUAAGAAGGAGACUUCCUGUUCAAAGGAUUUCAGAUUCGGAGAAUGGAACCAUGCGUGAGCUUCGAAGGAGAAGAUUGAUCUGACUGGUCUCGAAAACAAGUCUUAGCUCUCGACUGGGUGUUUCGUGUCAACAAAAGCAACAAUCGAAAUUGAUCUUCAAAUUCCGAGGUAGAAAACUUGCUUCCUCUGUUGAUGAGAAUUGUAAUAUGUAUUGUAAUUAAAGAAAUUCUGACAGUGGUUUUUAGUACUAAAGCACAUUCUGAGGUAGAAACAAUGCUUCCUGUGUUGAUGAGAAUUGUAAUAUGCAUGCAAUUAAUGAAGUUGUAACAGUUUUUUAGUACUGAAGUUUAUAUAUAAUAUGAACACUUGUUAUUUCUUUUAA